AUGCAUUGGAAAAGCCUCCGCAUGGGUCCCUCCGACGGCAAUGACUCCAAAAGACGCAGCUUCGUCGAAUCCCACCCUCUCCCCCGGCAUAGCGAACAGUUCCCUCGCGACACCCCUUCCCCAGCCCAUCUAGCCCCCCGACGCUCGGAAUCCACCCCUCGCUCGCCACAAGGUAUAGGCUCUGACCAGGCCCCUGAUGCAGGCAACAAUGGCCAACCGCAUCCUCCGGACUUCCGAUCCAAUACGCCCCCCGCCCGGCCGAGACACCCCGGCGUAGGUCUGCUAUCCGGCGACAGCGCGACCAUGCGCAGAAACAGGUUCAGUUUUAUGAGACUACGUCAUGCGUCGGACCCCCAGUUGUCCAAAUCCUACGCUAAGGCUGAGGAAGACACUCCCCCGGUGCCCUCCUUACCGCCUCCGACGAUCAUCACGACCGCCCCAACGAGCCAUGAACUUGACCAACCCACGAAACGGAAGAACAUUUUCAAGAUAUUCCCAGAGUCCAAAAAGUCCAUGGAGGAGAUCAGAGAGCGAGCGCAUACCCCGAAACCCCGGCCGAACGACAGGUUCAGGCACGGGCCGCAAGGGUCGGGCGACCUAUCGGUGUCGACAUCGCGACCCAGCGGCGAAGAGUCCGGUCGUCUGUCCACAACGUCCAUCCGAAGCGCCGGCCGAGACCAUGCUAGCGAUUCGCGACAUUCCUCUGUAACCGAUGCUCGGCAUUCCGAGUCGUCUCGAUCCGACCAGAGUGUCGGAGACCGUGGCGUCUACCGCACCAACUCGCCCCGCGAUGCCGGUAUCGCGAUGGGGAAGAAGAAUCCGUUUCGCAUGCCACGCCUCAAGCGCAACCGCGGCCCCCUGUUUCCCCUUCCUCCACGGCCCACGGGUACGCUGUCCGGUGACCGCACGCCGGACCUCCCCAUCGAUGAACAAGACCAUGUGUCCCCGUUGCCAUCGCCGUCGCGGUCGUCCGCCGGGUUAUCGUCGCCUCGACCUCCGCUUCUGAGAAAAGACUCCUCCAACUCGGCGCACUCCGCACACUCGACCCCGUCGAUAAGAACCCGGGAUAGACCGAGAACGAGGGCACGGUCGUCGACGUUGGAUUCUGUCAUCAACGCGCAGGAGUCCGGUCAGCCAUCACCCCAUCUGACCUCGUCCGGACGGACAUCCACAUCUACUAGUGGCCGCAAGAGCUUUGGCGAUAUCUUUAGCUUUCCGCAGCGACUGAGACAGAACUCGGAGCCGCCGUUCCCCCGUAAUGGAUCCCCCGGCGGGAAGGGGUCGGAGACACCGUCGUCGAAGCUGAGCAUCCCCGACCGACAAGAGGACGACACGCCAGCGACGUAUCUGACUCGAUUGGAGGAGAGCAUUCCGCGCGGUGCCAUCGCUGGCGUUCUGGCCCAAUCCGGUGAGGAGUUUUACAAGACCGCUCUGCGCAAGUACAUGCGGCAGUUCGCUUUCUUCGGUGAUCCGAUCGAUAUGGCGAUUCGGAAGCUCUUGAUGGAAGUGGAGUUGCCCAAGGAGACGCAGCAGAUCGACCGUUUCCUGCAAAGCUUUGCUGACCGGUAUCAUGAAUGCAACCCGGGCAUCUUUGCGUCUCCCGACCAAGCGUAUUUUAUCUCCUUCUCGAUCCUUAUCCUGCAUACCGAUGUCUUCAAUAAGAAUAACAAGCGGAAAAUGCAGAAGCCAGAUUAUGUGAAGAACACCGGCGGCGAAGGCAUCUCGGAUGACAUCCUAGAGUGCUUCUACGAGAACAUCUCUUAUACCCCUUUCAUUCACAUUGAAGAAGGGCAUUCCGGAAACCGCCAUUUGUCGAAACCACGACGUACCUUGCUAAAGACAGCCAGCUCGGAUCAUUUGGCGCGUGUUGCGAGGGAGCCGGUUGACCCAUACACGUUGAUCCUGGAUGGAAAGCUGGACUCGCUCCGCCCGAGCCUGAAGGAUGUGAUGAACCUGGAGGAUACCUACCGGUGCGAUGGGACGUCUGGCCCGGCUGACAUGGAUGCUCUGAAUCGGGCCUUUGCCAAAGCGGGCAUCCUGCAGAUCGUAUCGGCUCGCUCCCGUCCGGAUGCUUUCAUGCCUUCCAGCAUGGAAAACCCGGCGGACUCGAAUCCCGGCCUGGUGGAUAUCAAAGUCGCCAAGGUCGGCUUGCUGUGGAGGAAGGACCCGAAGAAGAAGAAGACGAGAUCUCCUUGGCAGGAAUGGGGUGCGCUCCUCACCCUGUCGCAGCUGUACUUCUUCAGGGACGUGAGCUGGGUAAAGUCUUUGAUGUCGCAGCAUGAAGCCUCCCAGAAGGAGGGCCGACAGCGGUCUGUGGUGUUCAAGCCGCCGCUUGUUGAGUUCAAGCCCGACGGCAUUAUGUCGACCGAUGACGCUGUGGCCUUGCUCGAUUCGAGCUACAAGAAGCACAAGCAUGCUUUUGUCUUUGUCCGACAUAAUGCCCUCGAGGAGGUGUUCCUGGCCAACUCCGAAGCAGAUAUGAAUGACUGGAUCGCCAAGUUGAACUACGCCGCGACCUUCCGCACCACUGGGGUCCGUACGAAGGGAAUGAUCGCCACGAAUUACGAAGCACAGCGGAACCGAAUGAGUCGCCGGAACUCGGGCCAGUCGAGUGCGUCCCGUCCGUCGAUCGAGAGAGAGCCGCCCUCGCCUAACCCGGACACCGAUGUCGCGGAGGAUAUACUUGCCGCGCGCAGACAGCUCAUGCGCCAGAAGAUUCGGGAGGCGAGCGACAAGCUCUCGGCGGAGCAGAAGAAACUCGACGAUCUGCUGCGGAAUGCUCGCCAUCUGCAGGUUCUCACGCCUGUUCACUCCCGAGCUCGCGAGCACGUUAUUAUGGCUGCGGGGCGUAUGGCUGCAAAACUGAAGUGGGUGAGACAGGAUAUCUGGCGGGUCAAGUGCUAUCGGGAAGUUCUCGUGCGGGAUCUCGGUGAGGAUGUCGAGAAGCCAGAGGAACCGAAGCCGCUUCACCUGCAGAUCCCUUCUGUCGGUAGUGCUCCGUCUACGGAUGAUGGCGACAAGGCGGUCUCCCCGCUUGACAAGACGCCGGUGCAGGCUGAACCUGAUGCGUUGUCUCCGGCCAAGAAGACCGAGUCGCAGCCUGGUUCUCCGGCUACUCGCAGACCAAGCAUCCCACUGUCGUUUACCUCCUUCGACUUUAACGCUCGUCCAAGCCGACGAUCUUCCUCGGAGCACAUCAAGGAUCGCACGAAGUCCUGUUCACCGGGUCGGGCCAACGGACUGGAACGCGAAGCAUCGGUGCUCAGCAGUGGCAGCAAGCUGGAUGUCGCCAGUCUCGGCUCCCACGGCUCCAAACUCACUGCGACGGAAGUCUUUGACGAUAACGAAGAGCGUCUCCUCCGAGAGAACGGUCUGCUAGAAGUGAGCAGCUCUCCCCAGAGCCGCAAACAGGCGGCCCCAUCCGACGGCGACGCCGAGCCCCGCCGUGACGAUGACACGCUGCAGGGCGACCGAUCCAGCCGCGUCCGCCGCAGUCUGCACCGCACGCUCCGGGAUUCAUCCGGUGGCCACCAUAUCAACUACCCGCGGAGCAAGAAGUCGCGCGAGCCGGCUGCCGGCACCGCUGGCCCCGAAGACAACCCCAGCAAAGGCGAAGGGACCGGUCUUUCGCGGAAAUCGGCCAGCUUCACCGUCCACGGGAAGAAGGCGUCCAUCGUCACGUUCGGCUCUGAGUGGCAGAACAUGCUACCGGAAGAGCGCCUCAAACUGCGCAAGCCCACUCCAUCUGAAGAACCCAGGGCGUCGGACCCGGGUCUCGCCAGCAGCGGCGACUCUAUCACGUCGGAACCUCUGCAUCUGGGAUACCCGCCGUCGCAGCGCAGCGGAAGCACGGCGACUUGGCAGAGUGCCGUCAAUCACGACGAAGCCGGUGGGCUCAAAGAGACAGCGGCGAGGCUGUACGGCGAUGGCAAGGCGAAGAGCGAAAAUGCCAUUCGACCUGUUGAUGGUGGGCCGGUUGUCCAAGAGCCUGCGCCGUUGACUGCGGACGAGCAGCCAUCUAUCGUUGCGGAUGACCCCACGCAAGAGAACUUGCCGCCCAGUCCACCAGAACAGGCGGUGCAUGCAUGA